UUCAUCAAUCAAUCAAUCAAUCAAAUUGAACAAUAAAAACACUAUUAUCGUCAGUGAUGGUUAAAAUAGAAAUUAAACAACAAAAAAAUAUUCAAUCGAAUCAUCAUCAUUAUUAUUGUGGCACAUCCAAAACAAUACUAAUCGGUGUGGCGAUGAAUGUGGAAAUUUUUGGCUCUAAAUUUCAAUUUUUUUCUACCGAUGAUCAUUGAAUCUAACAACCAACCAAAUCAUUCGACAAAUACAAAAUCAAAAAGGUUGAUCGAAAUCAACGAUGAUAAAAAGAAUAUCAUUAUCAUCGCUACGUUCAAGUACAAAAGAUUCAACAAAAAUUGUUAAAUAUACAACAUGUAGUAGCAAUAAAAUGGUUGAUGAUGAUCUUGAUGAAGUGGCUGUCAUCAGUAGUAAUGCUGCACCUGAAAAUGUUCGUUAUGGGGAUGGACAUUAUCACCAUCAUCAUUAUCAUUUAGCCACGGCAAACGGACCACGGGUUGUGCCCGGAAUUAUAACUGCAGGGGUUGAUCGCACCAAACUAUUGACAUCAUCAUCAUUACAAAGCGCCAAUGUUAUUAUCAGAAAGCCUUCGAAUAUUGUCACAAAUGAUAAUAAUGACACAAAUAAUGAUGAUGAUCAUGAUUUUAAAGAUCGCUGUCCAUCACAACAGUCAUUAAUAGCUGUUAGUUGUGGUCAACGACAACAACAGGAUAAACAAUCGAUAUUAUCGACGACAACAACAACAAACGCAACAUUAAUAAAUGGGAAAAAUUCUCAAGGCAAAAAACGUUCAAUCCAUCAAAUGACAACAGGGUUAAUCAAUAAUGCUAGAAAUGAUCUGGAAAUUUCGAAAAAAACACGUGAAUUACGAAGAAAAGAGAUAAAGAAAGAAUUUGAAAAAUGGGAAAAUGUAACCGGAUCUAUGCAUCAUAAAUCAGGCUGUAAUUGGUCAUUUGUGUUUGAUCCAUCUGGUCGUCUUUGUUAUUAUUGGUCAUUGAUCGUGAGCAUUGCAUUUCUUUAUAAUUUUUGGUCAAUCAUUUAUCGUUGUGCAUUUCAAGAGAUUAAUGAAAAAACCGUUGCAUCAUGGUUUGCACUGGAUUAUUUUUCCGAUUUCAUCUAUAUAUUGGAUAUUGCUGUCAAUUUUCGAACCGGAUAUCUAGAAGAAGGUGUUUUACAAACCGACAGUGUUAAAUUACGGCAACAUUACAUGAAUUGUACAAUAUUCUAUAUCGAUUGUCUUUGUUUAUUACCAUUGGAUAUUCUUUAUUUAUCCAUUGGCUUCAAAUCUAUUCUUCGUUGUUUUCGUUUGAUAAAAAUUUAUCGUUUUUGGGCAUUUUUGGAUCGUACUGAACGUCAUACGAAUUAUCCGAAUAUAUUUCGCACAUUAUCCUUACUGCAUUAUAUAUUGGCCAUAUUCCAUUGGAAUGCAUGUCUCAGCCAUAUAAUACACAUUAAAGACGGUUUUGGCUCUAGAGAUUGGUUUACUAGAUCCAAAAAUAAAGACUGUGAAGGCGUUACUUGUGAUUAUCUUCACGCCAUGUAUUGGUCAGUAUUGGCUUUGACCACAAUCGGUGAUUUACCAACUCCACGAACUAAAAGUGAAUAUGUGUUCCUAAUCAUGCAACUUGUUUUUGGUCUUUUUCUAUUUGCAACCGUACUUGGUCACGUAGCAAACAUUGUGACAAAUGUUAGUGCGGCACGUAAAGAAUUCCAAGCAAAAUUGGAUGCCGUCAAAACAUAUAUGCGUAUGCGAAGAGUACCUGAUCAUAUACAAACAAAAGUGAUACGUUGGUUCGAUUAUCUAUGGAUGACGCAAAAAUCUUCGGAUGAAGAGCGUUCAGUUGGAUGUCUUCCAGACAAACUUAAAGCUGAAAUUGCCAUCCAUGUACAUUUGGAUACAUUAAAAAGAGUGGAAAUCUUCCAGAAUACUGAAGCCGGAUUCCUUUGUGAGCUAGUAUUACGUCUGCGACCAGUAUUGUUUAGUCCUGGUGAUUAUAUUUGUCGCAAAGGUGAAGUAGGUAAAGAGAUGUACAUCGUUAAUCGCGGAAGAUUACAGGUUGUUACCGAUAAUGGAAAAACAGUGUUGGCAACAUUACGUGCCGGAAGUUAUUUUGGUGAGAUUAGUAUACUAAACAUGGGUACAGCUGGUAACCGUCGAACAGCAUCCGUCCGUUCUGUGGGCUAUUCUGAUUUAUUUUGUUUGAAUAAACAAGAUAUGUGGGAUGUACUAAAAGAUUAUCCAGCAGCUAGAGUUAGACUUGAGGCAAUUGCCGUGAAACGGUUGGAAAAAUAUCGUAAAGAACCGUUGAAGAAAAUUGCAAUGGGACGAAGUAAAAGUACACCUGGUCUAGUCGAAUCGAAAGGAAAAAUACCCGUUGGCAAUAUGAAUGUCUUACAAAUGAAAGAAAAUCAAUCGGCAUCGACAGCCACUUUAUUAAAGGCUGAUGAUGAUGAUGAUAUUGAAGAUGGCGAAGAAAAAAUCAAUAGCGACAAAGAUAAACAACAACAAGAUGAAUAUUGUAAUACAGUAGAUGAAUCCACAAGCAGUAUGGAUACAAUGAAACAAUCUUCAUCAAAAGAAGAUAGUCAUCCUGAUGGUGGAACAUUGAUAGCACAACAACAACAACAACUAAGCUGUUGUGAUAUAAUCUUGACAAAUAAAUCACAACAACAGCAGCAUACACCAACGAUAGCACAUCAACAGCAUCAAACAUUUGCAUCGCCAUCAUUAAUAUUAGCGGCAACAAAUAAUAAUCAUCAUCAGCCACAACAACAACAAACGCAACAACAGCAAACAUUGAUCUAUUCAUCACAUUUAUUAAGCCCGAAUAUAGCAUUUAUGAAUUUUGAUAAUAGAUCACCACAACAACAACAACAACAGCAUUCACCAUCACCAAUACAAUCGAAUAAUAAUACUCUUUAUCCAUCAUCAUCAUCUCCAUUACAAUUGCCUCAUACACAUCAAUUUCUUCAAGCUCAGCAUCUGCAUCCACAUCAUUUGCAUCAUCAAUUUACACCAUCAUCAUCAUCAUAUUGUACAAUAAGUCCUGCAGCAUCGACAAAUCAACUUCCAAUUUUUUCCAAUUCGGCUACUCCAAUCUUGGUUCAACAACAACAACAACAAACACCAUCAUCAAUCAAUAAUAACAAUAGCAACAAUAAUUUAUGUGGAUCAGAUGACACCAACUCCUAUAAUAAUAUACAGAUUGAAUUUCCAACACAAGAUGCAUUGUUAUCUGAAAUCAAACGAUUACGUGAACGUUUAUUAACAUUAGAAACAGAAAAUGCAUCUAUGUCAAUGAAAUUGAAUCAACAACAAUGGCAAGUGGAAAAUAGAUUGGCCGAAAUUGAACAUCAAAUUAGUUCGGCAGCAAGCGCCAACUCUUGUUCUGCUCAAUUAGGCUUUAUCAGUUCGAAUAAUAGUUCGAAUGCAAGUGUCGAGGAUAAUGAACGUAAUAAAGAAUCGAUCAUUUGAUAUAUUUGUCUAA